AUGUCGAAGGGACUUCCUGGAAUGAAGGGGUUAUUGCCUGAUCUUAAUAUACCCUCCACUGGCAAUCGUCGAAGGGCAGUACCUUCUCACCUGGAUAACCAAUUCAACUCAAACGAUGCGUUGCUUUCCCCGCCGGCCAAUAUAGCCCACCAAUCAGAGACGGAAUGUGUACACGAUGGCGGCGCCUCAAAACUGUCCGCCUUGGAACAACAACUACCUGCUGAAACGUGUCCAGGAACAAAUGAUGAGCUUAUGGACCAGUAUCAUAUAAUUGGACAAUAUAAACCAGUCACCGUCGACAAACUCUCCAACGCCUUUUGGAAAGAGGCGGAAACUUCAGCAGUAGGAGGGAAAGCAAAGUUCUUGCCUUUGCAUAAACUAAAAGCCCUUAUCAAUCCCGACAGUGCACAAGAGUUGUUCGAAUCACUGUCAAUUCCUCAACAUCAUGUUGAGCGAUUGAUACGGGACAUCUUUACCCCCCACCGGCCCCUGGAAUACCACACUGCUCGCCAUGGAAAUGAUUUCAAAGAGCGUCCGAGCCUACGUAGAAUUUUCGCCAUUCUGGUAGGGAUCGGUCAUGUAGCGGAAAUCCAGCGUUUUAUCGAUCAAGGGAUCGACGAUUCGGCUCUCCCAAUCAUCAUGGUUACAGAGAAAGAGAAACUGGCGGGUAUUGAAUUCCGCAGUAUGGGAGACCCUCACAUGGAUAGCGAGAAGCUCAACCAGUGUUUUGCACAAUAUUCCGAGACGCAUUUGAACCUUUUCGAACUGUAUCAGAAGCUUAUAAAUGUUCCAUUCUUUCUAUUUCCCGGGCAAGACUCUACUGUUUGUUUCUACGAACUCGAGCGAUCUUGCGUUCUGCCGAUCAUAUAUGCCGGAGAACCGAACGUCAGCGGAAAUGGCUCGGUCAAGCAGAUUGCGAUCCAUCAUGCGCACCAUAAUCAUGGUGGUAUAUGGAAGAGGCAUUCGAACGAUUACUUUGCAGUUAAAACGCUUCAUCUACAAAACAAUGACCGCUUCCAAGAAGAGGUCGAGGCCUUCGAAAAAGUGUCACCAAAAAGCAAAGACAAGUCGCCUGACCAUUUGGUGCAUUUGGAGCUGGCAUAUCGACAUGGCGAUGAUUGCUGCCUCGUCUUUCCUUGGGCCAGUGGCAAUCUCAAGGAAUAUUGGAAAGAGCAUCGAAAAGAUCCUAGCAACCAUGAGCAUGUCGUUUGGUUCUUCAAACAAUGUUGGGGAUUGGCUGUUGGACUGCGACGCCUUCACAAUCCCCGAAGCUACGCACUUACAACUACUGAUCACGAUAGCAACGUCCACGCAGUGGAGAACACCCUGGACUUUAAAUACGGUCGCCAUGGUGACGUUAAACCGGCGAAUAUUCUGUGGUUCGACAACUAUGACGGGGAUCCCGACCAUCUUGCCAUCUGUGAUUUCGGCUCAACCCAAUUCAAUCAUUUGGAUACCAAGUCGCACGUUGAUCCCGGUCUGGUUCGGGAAUACUCAAUAACAUACCAACCACCUGACCGCCACACUGACGACAAAGUCAGCCCUAGGUUUGACAUCUGGUCUUUGGGCUGCGUGUUUUUGGAGUUUGUUUCCUGGUUUCUGCUUGGUUAUGAUCUGACUGUGGAGGAAUUCCCUCGCCGACGGGCCAUGACCAACCAGUUCUCACAAGAACCAAUAAGGAAAGAUGAGUUCUACCAUUUCGUAUGCAGCAAAAGAAAUGAAAGACAGAAAGUCGCGAAGGUAAACCCUGGCGUUCUCGAUCCAAAAGCUUCUGACCGGUGUGACUGUCUGGACGCUAGGCUGCAACUUCAAGAUAUGUACAAUAAAUGCUGCCGGAACCAGAUUUAUGCUACAGCAGGAUAUCCCAAGACACCGAGGCGGUCCAGAGGGAUACUGUAUUCCCUGACAGGAUUCGAUAUUCACUCCAUGUUCAGUUCAAGACGCCGGGCAGUUCGAGAGAAGAUUAACUAUUCAGAAUCCUACAAGUGUCGACAUCAGACUGACACCCAACAUCCGGACAUAUUCCCAAAGCUUGCUGAUGAGAUGCGUAUCUCAGCGCCACCUCCCGAACAGUUUGAGAGGGAGAUUGAUGAGGAGUCAGAAACGUUCAACCCACGACGCAAACCUCUCAUUGAAACGCACAAUGAGGAGUCCAUAAUCGUGACGAUGCCUACUCAUUACACCAGUGAGAACACAGGCAGUUCAAACGGACUACUGCAAAUGAUCACCAGCGACACAACUCCAUGUCUGACAGAAAUAGACGAGGUAGACGCCGAUGUCCGAAACUCCAUCUCCGAGUACCCACAAGAUGGCGCAGCUCGGAGCCCUUGUGGGAACAUGACUAUCGAGAGCGUCUUACUUUUCAGACAAGAUGGCAGUAGCGAAAUCAUCGGGAAAGGCCAGGCCGUCGGGAAAAGUACCCCCGCCUCAACAAAAGAAAAUCUAGAAGCAUCAAGAGAAGGGGACAACCCGCCAAGGAAAGAGACAUCGGUUGCUGAAGCCUCGGCUGAAAAUCCAUUUCAGCGCCCAACGGUCAAAAGACGAACUAUCGCAUCUGAAGAAGUGAAACAUAUAUUUGAGAAGGGCAAAAAUGUGGAAAGCCACAGUAAGACUGGUGGUAUCAGCCACUAUAAAGCCAUGGCUACAAUGAAGUGUACUAACCUACUCGGCGGAGGCCUACUCGAGUCACAAAACGCUCCUGGAACACUCAUCCAAAUCAUAGACGAGGUUCGUGAACUUCGAAAUAUCAUCGAAACAAUAGAGCCUACGCUUCGCGGCAGACAAGAUCCCGAUAACGACGGCAUGGAGCGAAAUGUUACAUCGGAACAGGUGUCGCACAGUAUCAAACCGAUCAUAAUAAAUUGUCUGCGUGGACUCCAGUCACUCGAAAGUCAGAUUCGCCCAGAACGAAUCAACGAACUUCUAGAGUCUAAAGGAAAGGCUUUUUUACAAGCAUUAUCAUGGCGACUGAAAGGCAACGACGCCAAGCAAUCGAUCGCUAAUAUUCAGCAAUGCAAAGCCUCAUUGACCCUGGCUAUCAGUUCGCAUAACGCACUAGUGGUCAGAAACAUAGAGCGACUUUCACUCUCGAUUGAACAUGAAGCAAAGCAGUCUAGUCGUCGACUAGAUGCACUGGCUACAGAUUUGGAAACUUCUCAGUGUGACGAAAAACAACGAGAGAUCUUUAAUUGGCUGUCACCUCUAAAGCCUGGCCAGAACCAUCAUGAACUUAAGUCGGCACAUCAAGGCGGGACGGCCCAAUGGUUUCAUCAAAGUCCGGAAUUUCAGGAAUGGUUUUCUAGAAGAAGCACAAUGCUCUGGCUCAGUGGUCCUCCUGGCUCUGGUAAGAGUGUGAUGAUGAGCCAGGCGAUUGAAGAGGUUGCAUCUCGCGUAAUCCAACGUAGCGAACCAGCAGCGUAUGCCUUUGUGUAUUCUGACUUUAGGGAUCCCGCUACACAAGACAUCGUCAACAUAUUUGGUAAUCUGUUGUGUCAGUUAUGUUCACAAACGCAAUUGCUCCCAAUUCAGUUGCUGGAAGCAUACGAGUCAAGCAUUAAGGACAAUUGCGGUUAUGGCCCAAGUAUUGACAUGAUACUUGGAGUUAUACAGAAGCUGUCUACAAACCGACGGAUUUACCUUCUUAUCGAUGGAGUAGACGAAGUGAAGGAUUACAAAUCCUUCAGUAAGCGACUCACCACUCUGAAGGACUCGUCAACAUCUAUCAAUAUUCUGGUGGCCAGUCGGAAUGAGGUCACCAUUCAACGUAUACUUGCAGAGGCUCCACGCAUAUCUCUUGAGGACCGCAUUUUGAACAUUGGUCAAGACAUUGAGCGUUACAUAACGGUGUGGCUUAAUAAUGACUUAGAUCUAGAAUGGUUAUCACCAGAGAUAAAAAGCCUGGUAUCAACCUCUCUAAUGGCCAAAGCUAAGGGAAAGACAACUCGAGAUAUUAAGAAAUGUCUCUCCAAGUUACCCGAGGGUUUGAACGAAACAUAUGGUAGAUUAUUGACACGUACAACUCCAUCGGGAGUUGCUCUUGUCAAAAAGAUUGUGACUUGGCUAUCGUUCUCCAGCGUUCCUGUCACAUUGCAUGAGCUCUGGGAAGCAUUGGCAAUUGAAAAGCAGAGCAAGAAUAUUGACGACGAGGCUCGACUACGAAGCCCACAAGAUAUUGUCAUUCUUGGACAUGGCCUUAUUACUGUCUCCUCAGAUGGUUAUGCCAUGCUAGCUCAUCUUUCAGUGCGGGAUUACCUACUUUCUGACGAGAUCAGUCAAGAUCCAGACACUGCGAAAUUUGCCCUUCAUCCAAGGAAAUCUCAUCUGGAGCUUGCUCAAGAUUGCCUCACCUACUUAUCCUUUUCCGGACUAUCUUCAGGACCAUCAAAUACGCAAGAAGACUACCUUCACAGACAAAAGGAAAUGCCCCUUAUCCAAUAUGCCAGCAAGUAUUGGUUCUACCACCUGCGCAAUGCUGAGUCUGAUAAAGAACUACUCAAACUUUGUUUAGAGUUUUUUCUUCCAAAGUCACGGAAUAACUUCAUAUCUUGGGUCCAGGUAUUCAACGCCACGUCACCAUUUAAAUGGAACAUAUUCCCACGACACGCAACAUCCCUUUAUUACGCCUCUUCAUUAGGACUUGAUACGGUAGUCCAGUAUUUGCUCAAGUCGUCAGCAGUUGAUGAAAUCGAUGCACCGGGAAGUCGCUUUGGUGGAACUGCCGUUCAUGCGGCAGCUCUCAGAGAUCAUUUGGACAUCGUUAAAAGACUUGCCAAGGCUGGAGCCGACCCAGGAAAAGGAGACUUCAAUAAGGUGACCCCUCUUCACAGUGCCGCAGGGCAGAGUAGUAUGGAGAUAAUCAAAACCUUGUUAGAAUAUGGCGCCCCCAAAGAAGCCAGGGACGACAUGGACGGAAAGACACCUGCCGACUGGGCGAGACUCAGUGGACAUUCGUCCGCAGCACAAUUCAUAGAGAAUUAUUGUCGCCAUUCACACAUGGAGAACGAGACCGAUAUGAGCUUGGAUACAGAUUCCGGAAUUUAUUCGGACGCGGAUGAGGAAUGUCAAGUCAUAGAGAUAUGGCAACCUCGAUUUAGCUAUUUUCCAGACUACUAUGAGAGACGAUCCGGAUUGGAAUGCUCUCAAGUCGUUAGCAUCACAGUUGGAGAUGAGAAAUCAGUCAUCAGCACUGGUAUAUUACUUCUGCGGGAUGAAAACACAGAGGAACUCAGCCCAGUGUGGUAG